CAGAAACGGGAGUUUCACGACUACUGUGGAACAGAGGGAAAGAAAAAGUUGAAACCCAAACUGUGUUAGCGCAAGCCGCCAUUGUUGGUAGUAUUGGGAGGAUGGUUUUAUCGAACAAGAAGCUGAAGCAGAAACUAAGAGCCGAAUUAACCGAGUCCCUAGCAAAAUCCGUGGCCAUAACCGACCCACACAGUGAUUCCCGGUUAGAAUUAGACCCGAAUACACAGCCACAAGUGUCUCUCAAAGAGCUUCUGGACUCGGCGAGCCAGAAACCUAGAUUAUCGAAGCGAGAGAAACGCAGAAAAACCCUUCCUUUGCAGGGAACUGAGGCUGUGAAAAGGAGCAGCAGCAGUAGCAUUGGUAACUCGGAAGAGAAUAAGGACGAUGAGGAAGAGAAGGAAGGUGGGUCAGAGGGUUUAGGUGAGAAGAAGAAUAAGAAGAAGGAGAAGAGGAAGAGAGAGGAGGUGGAGGAAGUAAAAGAUGGAGAUGUGAAGGAGGCCAAGCAAUCGAAGAAUAAGAAGAAGAAGAAAAAGAAAAAGAAGACGAAGAGGGCUAAGAAUGAGGAAGAGAACAAAGGUGCUGAGGUUGGAAGUGAAGCGCAACGAGUCACAGAUACAAAUAGUAACGGCGAUAGUCAAGCACACGAGGAGGUCACUCCAAAAGUCUAUGUUGGAGGUAUUCCAUAUUACUCGACUGAGGAUGAUAUCCGUAGCUAUUUUGAAGGCUGCGGUACAAUAACUGAAAUUGAUUGUAUGAAGUUUCCUGAAACUGGGAAAUUCAGAGGAAUUUCCAUUAUUAGUUUCAAGACCGAAGCUGCAGCUAAACGAGCCUUGGCCCUUGAUGGGUCUGACAUGGGUGGACUGUAUCUGAAAAUCCAGCCAUACAAGGUAACUAGAGCCAAUAAAGCAUCUCAUUUUUCCCCAGAAAUAGUGGAGGGCUACAACAGAAUCUAUGUUGGGAAUUUGCCAUGGGACAUAACUGAGGAUGAUCUUAGGAAGCUUUUGUCAGACUGCAGCAUAUCAUCUAUACGUUUUGGUGCGGACAAGGAAACAGGGGAAUUUCGUGGCUAUGCCCAUGUUGAUUUCUCUGAUAGUAUGUCACUCACGAUGGCAUUAAAGUUGGAUCAGCAGAUUGUAUGCGGGAGACCUGUGAAGAUAAGUUGUGCAGUUCCUAAGAAAGGAGCGGGGACUGACUCAACUGAUACAAGAUCAGCGCCUGCAAGGCAAGAGACUGAGAAUCUGGAGAGUGCUGGAUCUAGUGCUACCAGUGGUAAGAUUAGGAGGAGGACAUGCUAUGAGUGUGGUGAAAAGGGCCAUCUAUCAUCAGCUUGUCCAAAGAAACAAAGUGCUGAUCCAACAAAUUCUGAGGCAAGCUAAGCAUGUAUAACAAUCUCCAGCUUUGUUUAGUAGUCAUGGCGAAUAGAUAGGUGAAAGAGUUUUUUCUUUUCAUUUUAUUUUGCUUGAAUGGCCUGAACAAUAGCUGGUGGUUGCUGUUACAGGUGGAUAUUCCUAAUUUUGAUCGAACUUACUCUUCUGGGAAGAGUUGAAAGAAUGAAAUAGCCCUGUAUUUCUUUCUUGUUUAUCAGGGAACCAUGUUAUACUAUAUCCUACAGAUAUGCAUAUAAUAGGUGUGGAUCUUA